GAGAUAGACACAGGCUCCCCGUGACCCGAGAAGUUCGGAUAAGUGGUAGAAAAUGAUUGAGUGAAUGAAGGAAUGAAUAAAGAAGGAAACAAAUAUUAGUUUUAAAUAUUUUUUAACAGAAAUCCACAUGCAAGCAACUAAUCCAGAGGAGUGACAAUAUUUUGAAAGUUUUAUGAUAUAAAUAUUGUGCUGAAUCUUGUAAAAUGUAUUCUACAACCAAUUAUUAGCACAAGUGCAUGUGCACAUUUUUUUUCCUGAAUCAUUUUUCCCUGAAAUUAUUCUUUUUUUAGUUAAUUAAUUACUUUAUUUAUAAAACCAAAUAUCCUAAAAUGCAUAUAAUCAGUGUAAAUGAGUAAUGAAAUAUGUUUAGCCUAGUAAAAAGACUUCCACUAGUUAUACAUUGAUAAUAUACAGUCGAUUACAGAAAUAUUGGCACCCUUCAAGGGAAUGAUAUCAGAUGUGGCAAACAUACUUUUACAUUCAAACAUACUUUAUUUUUUUUUCCUUUUGCUACAAAUAAAACUAAAAUUAUGCAGUAAAAUCGUGACAUGCCUUAAAACAUAUUUCUUAAAGCAAUUUUUUUUAACAACAAAAGAAAGUUUUGUUCUUGUUCCCUUUGAGUGAGAUUGUAUUGAAAAAAUGUACAAUUUCUUCAUCUUCCAACAACAUUGGAGGGGAAAAAAACACGACAAAGCAGAACGAUAGUGAAAAGUUACAUUUAUAAAUCAGUCCCGUGACCUUGUGUGGAAAAAAAAAAGCAACCUACAAAAUGCACCAUGAGACUAAAAUCAAAAUGUUUUGGCCAUGAACGUCAUCUAAGGAGUUACGGACGUUCUCUAUACAGAAAUGUAAAAAAAAAAAACCUCAUCUGUUAGUUGGAACUGUUUUGUGAAGAUUGAUGAAAUCCUGCUUGCCUCUGCCAGGUUGAUAAAACAUAACCAAAAAAAAAAAAAAACCCAGAAAAUCUUUCAUCUUAGACUGUACUGUUGUGUGAAUGGAAGACAGACGCCUACGUGUGCGGAAACCUAAGAAUAUAAAGGAGCUGAAAAUGGUCUGCUCGGUCUGAGAUCACUUUACAAGAGGAAGUGAUUCAGAGCUUUUUAAAGGCUUUUACCUUUGUGUUGUUUUUUUUUUUUUUCAUAUGGGAACAAAAUGUGUUACGAAACUAUGCAGCAUCAGUAUACAGUAGGUUCACACUCAAAAUACAGCCCGUGGCAUGUUAUUUAUUCUCGGGGUGCCAAUACUUUUGAAGUUGACAUUAUGAAAAGGAUUGUUUUUUUUUUUCCCGUUGAGUUUUAUUUAUACGUUUAAAAAAAGAGAAGGACGCGACGUGUUAUGUUAUACUACAUCGAUCAUGCUGUCCUAUCUGCUAAGUCCAUAUUUAUUUAUUUAUUUAUUGAUCGAUCGAUUGAUUGAUUUAUUUUGCACAUCGGAUAUUUUGGCUGCUUGCCAGUUAAGCGUUAACCUGCAUAAUCUGUACUUUAUACUGUGCUCAUUAUCCUGGAGAUUCAGUUUCUAAGCUAUUAAAAGGAAAUAUCUUUCUUUUGAAACACUAAGCAGGAGGCUUAAGUUUGUUCGUUGAUUUAUUCCCCCAUGUGUCAUCGUUGUCGUCGAGUAUUGUCUGAUUUCACUUCCCUAACCGACGACGUAUCUCCUUUGUGCUUUCCAUAGAGAAAUCGUCCUUGAUGUAUGGGCUGUGCUGCGCAAUGCGGACAGAUGAGAUCGUACCUGUCUGGCAGGAAGGUCUAGUUUCACAUGUUUAAGUGAAAUGUCUGAACGUUUGUUUUUUUAAAUUUUUUUAUGACUAAAUCUGGCGUAAUACGAGGCAGUUGAGGCUGGAGUCAGAGCGAGGCGCUUUGUGUUGCUGAUGGAUUCGACUCUACAGGAUAAAGAUUCAUUUAUGUAUUUAUAUCAUGAGUGGAAUCAUUUUAAAAGUGGAAUCACAAUGCAUUUCUCCAGAGUGUGGUUUACGCUCAAACACGCGGACAUUUGAUCUCAUUCAGGAGAAUUUCUUUCUUUCAGCGACGGUGCGCUCUUUUGUGCUUCACAAUGAGCCUUAAAGUCUGGAUAUCGUUUCCUAUAUUUUUGUCGGUGAGUAUAAAUUUGCUCUGAGCGUGUUUGUGUUUGAGCGUUUAAACCUGAAUCGUACGGCAAGUUCUCGCUUGCAGAACGGACCGGCCAGGACAUGCAGCUCAAGAAAUAGCAGAAACUCUUUUCAGAGGCUCAGUGGAAGCUCAUCAUUAUGGCACACAUGGCUGCCACACUUUUGGCCUUGCUCCUGAGUUAUCAAGCAUCGUCUGAAGGUUCUCUGUCUCCACCGCUCAACCUGAGUGUGGAGUUGCUGGAUUUCAAGGCUUUGGCUCGCUGGCUUCCUGGACCAGGGAACCCAAAAGGAACCAGAUACUCCCUCGAGUAUAUAGACAUUGACAAUUUCUUGUUGCCAACAUGGUAUAAAAUCGGAGAUUGUGCGAACAUCACCUCGACGGAAUGCUACUUCAUCUUCAACCAGAGUGUUCUGACGGACUAUUUUGUCAGAGUCGGAGCAGGAUGCAAGGAAGAACGGUCGGAAUGGACACGCCUGCCACGUAGCUUCCAGCCUUAUCAAUACACUCUUUUGAGUGCCCCCAAGUUGAGCAUGUCUGCUCAACAAAAUUCCAUACGCAUUAUUCUCAGCCAUCCGGUCCAGUCGCUGAUGGAAGUGCGGAUGAAAUUCUCCAUUGACCUUUAUCAAAUAAUCUCCAACAACAAAUCAAAGAAGCAUAUUGCACAGAAUAUAACUACAAAGACUUCCAACUUUGUGAAUCUGCCACCUGGGAACUACUGCAUCAAUGCUCAUGCCUUCCUUACAGCAGAAAGGUCGAAAAUCAACAAGAACACCACCAUGUGUGUUUUUCUGCAUCCGGAUCCAAAUGUAGGAAAAGUAUGGGUGGUAAUUGUGGUGGUCCUUCCACUGCUGUCCAUUCCUGCUGUGUUCGGUUUGAUUUUUAUUUACUACUAUGUGAAGCCGUCAAAGAACAACUACAUUCCCAAAGCUAUGGAGAUUAUUGAAGGAACUCUAGUGGUCCGAAUACUUAACCCUGAGGAUCCCCGAGCUCUACCAGUUUCACGGAUACAUAUAGAUGACUGCAAGGCUACGCAUCAGGAACUGGCAGAAGACUCAUCCCAGUGCUAUUACGGUGGGUCUGAAGAAAAUUUCAAGGAGGGGCUUUUUUCCCAACUCAUGGACGGGGCAGAUCAGGACAUGCUUCCGUUGCCUGAUUUGUACAGCACAGCUGCGAAGAUGGAGGAACAAUGGGAAUAUCCGACAGAAGCGGAAUAUUAUUCUGAUGGCCUUAUACUAAAUACAGACUCAUUCUCAAGCCAUUCUCAACUCAACUCGGUAGACACAAGUCAAACUGGAAAUAUGAAUGACUCAGUACUAUUUGCUUUUGAUGAAAACUCCAAGUCCUCAUUUUGUUAUUCUGAGAAUAAAGAAUCUGAAGCAGAGGCGGAAAGUCUGUUUUCUGAUGUCGUUUCCAGAAGCUAUGAGCCCAGACCUGAUCCACGUUGGAUGCGCAAUUUACAACAUCACAUCAUAGAACAAUGAAGUGUACAAUAUUCAAAACUCAUACAUGGUGCUAUUUUUUGUGCUCAUCUUCCCAACCCAGCGGAAAUAUGUAGCUUUGGGUGGAAUACUCAGGUGGCUGAAUGGAACAUUUGGAAAACAAAGAACCCUAAAAGCGAAACAAUUUGGAUUUGACAAAUUAUCUUGAACAUUUUGUACUAAAGAUGAUUGAUGGCUUUUAAUUGUCCAGAGCUAUUCUGGCUUUAGGCGUUUCAUUAACAAGUGUAAUAAAUUACAUCGUUUUGUUUUGAUGUGCAUAUUUCCGUCAUACAGAAGUGAUUUAAUUAUAAUGUACUGUAUAAGUAGCUUUUAAAUCUAGACUGCUCUACACAACGGUUUCUUCUAGACCAGGGCUUGGAAAGAACGUGUUGAAUGAACAUACCUUAACAUAAACAUACAUUUGUUUUUUAUUGGGUGUGUUUUGGGAAUUCAUGUAUCAUGAAUUCGAGCAUAUUAAGGUAGUGUGAAUGUACAAAAGCUCCCCCUUGUGGUGUAUUUUCAUUCUGUUUAUAUACCAUUUAAAAGGUUCACAUCACAUCUGUGAUAAAGACAUGAUUGAUGGAGGAAUGUGAAAUUCUAAGCUAAAUUAUUUUUAAAAAAAGCUAUUUUUUUUUCGUUAGGGUGCUAUGAAGUGUCAAAAUGAUAUCAGUUGCUACCUCAUUAAUGGCAGAAAUAUUUAUGAUCUGUGAAGCAUGAAGAAAGCCUGACAUUAAAUAUAUUUAUAUAUAAAGGUGUUUAUCAACAGUGAUGCCAUAAGAAACAUUUGUUGUAUCAUAUUUUGUACAUCAAGAAGGAAUAUAGACAAAAUAAAUAUACAUGAAUGCCAUGCCA